UAUAGCCUCGUUGCUCAUUGUAUGAAUUCUUGUAGCCACCCCGGGUGUGUGCAAUGGUUCAUUAAGGGCUUUAAUGGGUACUAAAGCGGUGAAGCAAAGGAUUGUUAUUGAAAACUCUGCUUGCCUGGAGGCGCGGUGCAUCUUCCCCUGCUUUAUAAACAACUCUGUGACUCGAUAGUUUCUGCUCGCUAUGCAGGCCCUUGAUUUCUGCGUGCUUGUGGGAAUCUCCGAAUUUCUUAUAGCCGUGGUCAAAUAUCUGACUACACAAACUUUUUUCAUUAGGCUCAUUGCUGAUAUGUUCUUGUUUCUUGAUUCUACGCAUAACAUCUUGGUCUCUAUUUGUUCUUAGUAACUGGAGAGUUAUAUGAGGAGUUGUUUUAGGACAGUGUGUUUAAAAUUUAAAUGCAGGCUACUGGUUGUGGGUAUAUGCAGAAUGUACGCAAGUUUGUUGGCAAUUUGUUUUUAAAUACUUUUUUUUCGUCUUAUUUAUUGAUUUAUUUACCAGCCCUGCUUUUUUAACCUGUAUAAUAUAGAAAAUGCUUUUCAAUUUACUGUCUCUUUUAUUUUUUCAAUGUUGUGAAAAUCUUUAAAAGGUUGGGCUUUGCAUAAAUUCUUGACAGAAGAUGGUCCCAAGAUGCUUCAGCUAGUUUUGCAGGCAUUGGCAAAAACUCAGGAGCAUGUAGAGUGUGUUACAGAGGUGAAGCAGAUUUUCUCUUCCAAAAUGACUUUACGAGCUCUGGUUUUGUGUUUGGCAUAUUCUGGGCUUGGAAAGGCAAAUGUGGUUCCGCAGGCUGGACACACAAAAGUAAGGAUGGGUGACAAUGUGACUCUGAGCUGUGCCCUGACAAAACCCAUGGAUGUUCUGCAAGUGACAUGGCAAAAGGACUCAGAAGAACUACAUGAUAAUAUAGCUACAUACAGUGAAACAAACGGAUUAAGGAUUCACAAGCCCUAUGAAGACAGAAUGAAUUUCACAAGUUUGGAACUCAACAAGACAAGCAUAACUUUUUGGGACACUAGGAUGGAUGAUUCAGGAUGUUACAAAUGUCUCUUCAAUGUCUUCCCUUCUGGUCCUCUCUCAGGAAAUACCUGCCUGAGUGUUUUUGGUCUCAAUGCAUCUGUCCAUCACAACAUUUCUGAAGAUCAUCUGAUAGUCAUCUGUUAUGCUAAUGGCCUCCCAGAGCCCACCAUCACCUGGAACAACCUGUUCAAUUCUACUCCUACACAGAAGAAGGUCAAGCACAAAAAUGGGAUUGUGUCCAUCACCAGUAAACUGGAAAUCUACAAUAUUCAGAGCAUCGGUGCACAGGAUUUGAUCUGCAGAGUAAGCAACACAAAUGAAACAUUUGAAAUGCCUGUGAAAAUAAAAGGAGAAGAGGGAUCAUCAUUUCUUUGGCUGGUGAUUAUUGUGGUGCUUUUAGUAGUCAUCAUAGUUCUGAUUCUGAUUAUGCUGUUCUGGAGGAAGAUCCUAUGCAGGAGGAGUUGAAGUGUGAGUCACCAAUGUGUGGAAAAAUGGUUUUCCUAGAGCCCAUAAUAAGGUCUGAUCAUCUGCAGAGAAGAACAAGACUUUGUUGGGAUACCAUUUGGGGGUAUGAGAGUGUCAUACUGUGUUGUCAUAGAUAACAUAGGUUCUAUUGUCAUUAUAGCGCAAGGAUUUCAUAUUGUCAAAGCUUCAUACCUUCUUGAUGUUCCUCACAGGCUGCUCCUUUAUGCACUGACUGUUCCAGGUCCUUGCAGUAGUAAUCUGACUCCUCUCACUGCCUCUUUCCUUACUCUUAUAUAUCACUAGUUCUUAUUGAUUACAGGUGUAGCCUGUCAAGAUCAGGCCUGCUUCCAAUCUUCAGCAGCUGAUCCAGCUGCAACUCAUUGGGGGACAAGAUCACCCUCUACAAUUCCCCCUUUUAACCACAGAGUUGCAGCAUUUCCAGAAGUACAUAUUCAAAUAAAUUAAUGUUAUGACAUAUUUGUAUAUUUCAUUUAGAAUUAAGAGUUAUACAAGUGUUCAAAACAGCAUGUUACAGCACAGAUAUAUAUUUCUAAAUAUUAGUUCAGUUCUAUAGCUUUUCCUAAUUUACAAAAGCACUUAUCUUCAAGGUCUUUUACACUCAUAUUUAGCAAACACCAAUAGCUGUAAUUAUUAUAUUUUGACAAUAGUUUAGUGUUCAAGUCCUGUUUCCCCCGAAUCCACGGGGUUGUUUGGUCAAAUCCUGUUUCCCCCGAAUCCACGGGGUUGUUUGGUCAAAUCCUGUUCUCCCGAAUCCACGGGGUUGUUUGGUCAAAUCCUGUUCUCCCGAAUCCACGGGGUUAUUUGGUCAAAUCCUGUUCUCCCGAAUCCACGGGGUUAUUUGGUCAAAUCCUGUUCUCCCGAAUCCACGGGGUUAUUUGGUCAAAUCCUGUUCUCCCGAAUCCACGGGGUUAUUUGGUCAAAUCCUGUUCUCCCGAAUCCACGGGGUUAUUUGGUCAAAUCCUGUUCUCCCGAAUCCACGGGGUUAUUUGGUCAAAUCCUGUUCUCCCGAAUCCACGGGGUUAUUUGGUCAAAUCCUGUUCUCCCGAAUCCACGGGGUUAUUUGGUCAAAUCCUGUUCUCCCGAAUCCACGGGGUUAUUUGGUCAAAUCCUGUUCUCCCGAAUCCACGGGGUUAUUUGGUCAAAUCCUGUUCUCCCGAAUCCACGGGGUUAUUUGGUCAAAUCCUGUUCUCCCCAAAUCCAUGAGGCAAUAUAGUUUUGUCCCGAAUCCACGGGUCAUCCCAAAUCCACGGGGCAAUAUAGUUUAGUCCCGAAUCACGUUGGGAUCACCAUUUGUUGUCUUAGAUAACAUAGGUUCUAUUGUCAUUAUAGCACAAGGAUUUCAUAUUGUCAGAGCUUCAUACCUUCUUGAUGUUCCUCACAGGCUGCUCCUUUAUGCACUGACUGUUCCAGGUCCUUGCAGUAGUAAUCUGACUCCUCUCACGCCUCUUUCCUUACUCUUAUAUAUCACUAGUUCUUAUUGAUUACAGGUGUAGCCUGUCAAGAUCAGGCCUGCUUCCAAUCUUCAGCAACUGAUCCAGCUGCAACUCACUGGGGGACAAAAUCACCCUCUACAGUACUGGACAGCUUAGUAAUAAUAAAUAAUAAUGGUGAUGUGUUUACAGUUUUUGAGGUUGCUUCAGUUGCAUGUAAAUUUAACAGCUGUUUUCCCACUGCCAAGAGACAAUCCAAGACUGAGAAUUGUGAGGGAAGGAUCCAAGCAGAGCAUGUUGCACUGUCUUUGCUUGGAAGUAGCAGUCUCAGCAGAAGUAAUUCACUCAUCUUUCACAUUUUCCUGGAAGCCUACAAAGUGUAGUAUGCUCAGAUAAUUUGUGGUAGAUGAAGUAAACAUUGGUGAGGAACUCACUCAUGCAGAGUGAUGUCCCUUCAGGGAAAUAAUUUUCUACUAUUGGUCACAGCACCAUCUUUGUAUUUUUUAAGACAAACGGUAAUAUGAUUAAGAAAUGUGCUCAAAUUUGGCAUGAGUAUGCUUCCUAAUGAUGAGUUAAGGAGAAGUUUCAGUUAGUGUAAUGUCUCUGAGUGUGUAAUAACCUGGUCAUGGAUAAAUUCAAUUCUCUGCUCUUAAUUACUAGUAACAUAAUGAAUAGAAAAAGACUGAGAGGCAGGGGGUGAUGGGGGCGAUACCAUAAGCUUCAGAAAUCACAGAAAUUUGAUGGUCGUUGGUGGUUUCACUGUUGUUCACUCAAUCCAAAUUCCAUGUCUGGCUUUAAAUUCCACUAAUAUAUUUGGAAACACCAGCACAUAUUUACUCAGUUCCUGGCUAUAUACCUGCUUCAGGGUAACAAUACGAUGUAAAGAAAUGUUUCAAGGAGUAUCACACCCAUCUAUUGUGAAUUUAGACCUACAGCAUCUACUAUUAAGAGGGUUUGACCUAAUGAACUGCUAGUACCAGAGACACAAAAGUCUCCACUGAGAAGAAAGAGAAAUGAACACUUACUGCACCCCAGAUAGAAUGUCUUAAUUAGAAAAUGUAUGUGAGGCUUUCAUUGAUCCUAUAAACAACUCAGAAGAUAAAAUUUCUGGUUGAAUUUUCAGACCAACCUGGAAUUUAAAGUUCAAGGAGUUUGUCUUUAAAUACUGCUUUUUAAAGGAUCAGAAGAAAAACGUGAAAUGCUUACAAUAAAAAUGUAUCUUUAUUCUAGAACAAUCAUUCCAAACACAAAUGAGCUUGCACUAAGAAUACCAUGAAGGAGAGACCUUGAGAUGGAGGUGAUCUGAUAGAGCUUUGGGAUCACUCCCUGGAGCAGAUCUGAGACUGACCAGGAAAAGAGAGUGCCAAAAAGCACAGGUGCUGCUUUGCAGUGUUUUGAAGCUGCAUCUGCGCUGCGGCCUGAAGCUGGACCGGUGCCACCAAUGCUGCUUGAUAAGACCAGGUUGUUCAUGUUUGGAGUAGGCUGAGGAUGUUAACAUGUCCUGGCAUGAUUCUGGCCCAUGGAUAUUAGUAGUUCCCUGGGCAAUGCCAUCAAGUAGGUUCAGCGAUAAUUUGUAACAGGGCCAUCUCCUGCAGCAGGCAGCAGGUUUCUUACACCCUACAGCACAUGCUAGGUAUUGGACUUGGAGCCCAAGCCAUUUCGUGUAUCCUUGUACCCUGAUAUGGGUCAUAUAAGACAUGAUUUACUGCUAUGGAGACACUGCUUUGAUGCACAGCAACAGAACCUACAGUAUCCCUUAUUUGGGAAACGGAACAGAUCCCCCUCCCCUGCCUUGUAAGGAAAGCAUAAGACACAGAAAAACAUUAGUUUCAACUGAAAGCACUGUGCCUCUUUUUCCUUAGCUAAAGGCUCAAAGCUUUAAGUCCCUCUGUGUCUCCAAGAGAAAUGGAGUCUCAUGUCCUGCUGCCUGGAAAGACGUCAAGAUUCCUGGCACCACAUGCAUGCCAACAUGUCACAAGGUCAAGACUUAAUGUAAAUCCCUGUUCACUGGAGCAGAGGACAUAAAUUAGAUGAGCACUGUUUAGUAGUGACUGUUUGUUGGAUUAAAGUUAAUCAAGAAAAGCAGGAGUUGAAUGACAUCAGUUGUUUGUAUUCCUUCCCGUUUUUUAUGGGUUUUGUUUAACUGUGAUGCCAGGAUGUGAUUUCUGCAGUGAGGUUGUAAGUCAUUAAGUCUCUGUUCUUUUAAUGUAGUCCAGUUUUUAUUAGCCAUAGUCUGUAUCUUUUCAGUUGGUCUUUGGCCUUGAGUUUCAAAAAUGUAUUGCACUGACCUGGAUCAUUUUUGAAUAAAGGCAGCAUUACUUUAUCCAGAGUAAUUUUUACCAACUGAUCAUAUUCCUUUCUAUGUGACCAUCUAAGUGAAAUGUGUAGUCUGUCUUCUUAACUUACACCUGUUUCCCUGAAGGCAUCAUUAAUUAGUUUGCUGUAAAACUUCAGUGGUGGUGCAGUUUGAUCACUCUGUCACCAUCUGAUUUUUUUUUCCCCUCUCCCAGGAUGCUCUUUUCUGCUGGUGGCUAAUGAUUACUAACAAUUUAUCUUGUCUAGGAUUCCACUUCUACUUUCCUGGGCAUCCUUAGAAUACUAAGAAUAUCUGUGGAGUUACAAUAAUUUUUAACACUGUACUUACAGUGAGUUACCACUCCACAAGUACUAUGAUGAGGAAAUCCCCUAAACUUCUUAGCUUUGGAUCCUAGUCUGGUUUUGUGGUGACUUGUUUUUUUCCUUGAUCAUCUGUAAAAUAUGUUUAUGCUUUUUAAAGCAUUGAUUCUAGUUAGUUCACCCAAAUAAUAUUUUGCAGAAACCCAUUUUCUGGUUUUGCCCUCUGUUGUCCUCAGACUGGGUGGAAUGAGGAGCUGCACCUACGUGUAGGCGUACUUUUGGAAGUGCUGUUUGUAACACCGCAAGAUUCCAAAGUACUUUACAAAAUCCUUUGUCUGAAUGCAGGGUUAUUAGAUAUGGAACCUCUUUCAUACUCCUCUACAUGAAAAGAUGCCAUAUAUUUUAUUAUUGUUUUCAAAGCCAUGUAAAGAUAGAGUUGUAGACUGAAUCUCAAACAUACAAAAGAUAUUCUGAAAUAUCAAAUUACUUAUAUACUCAAUAGAUGUGAGUUGAUUAAUAACUGGUGUAUUAUUACUAGUGAGGAAAGUUGGUUUACUUUUCACAGUUUACAAAUCCUUUCAGGAUUUUGUAUAUUCUUUAUGUCACAUUCUGAAUUCUGCAGAGUGUGUGAUUUCCAGAAUUAAAAAAGCAGGGAAGUUGUUCACCAAAUGGUGGGUUUGUAACUGUUGCUCCCCACUUUCACCACUGUGCAUUUCUCUUCCUCCUGUCCCAACAGCAACUACACUGCUAAGCAAAACCUGAGACAGCAACACAAUAGCCAGAACUCAUCCUUUCCUGGGGUUGUUUUUGUGUUUCCUAGGAUCCUUGAGGAUUUCCAUCCAUCUACCAGAUCAUUAGAAGCUAGCAGCCUGAAGUCAACAUUACACAUAGUGACUUGACUGGCUGGAAAGAAGCAGCAAAAAAAAGAAGACAUCAUGUACACUGCACUAUCUGGAAGCUAAGUUGAUCACUGAAACAACUAACACAGUGUUUGCUAUCUGGUCUAGGCCCUUUAUCUUAAAAUGUAGGACUGGAGGGACUACUUGAUUGGCUGCUCUUCAGAGAGCAGAUUUUGUCGGGCAAAGCCUUCUUUGCCCAUGCCACUCUUGGUACUGCUGCUGGGCAAAAUGUAUAUGUCUUCUUCCAGCUGAGUUUUGAAAAUGUCCGUGGAUAGAAACUCUGCAGACUCUCUAGGAUUCUCUUCCAGUACCUUGCUCUUGCAGUAGAGAGGGAUUUAAUUUUUGCCAAAAUCUGUCUGCAAUUUCACUUGCAGCAACUCUUGAGUUCAUCACCCUCUUCUUAUCAUCUGGUUUUUUUUUCUCUUAUCCAGUCGUUCCAGCUCCUUUUUCUCUGUCUGGAAAGACCUUCUGGACUCAAAAUCACAGGACUCAAACCACAUAGUAUUUGGCAGAAUUACUGGGGAAGAGCAAUAGGUCUCCAAGCAGGUGACUAAAUAAAGGCAAUAGCAGCCGCAAUUUGGAAAGAAGAAUUGUAAGUAAUUUGUACAAUAUAUAAGUAAUUUACUUUGUUUGACUUUUUUUUUUUCUAAUCCUAGAGUGUCUUCUUCUGUGUUUUCUGGGUUUUUUAGGGAUGUGUGUGGUGUGGUUAAAUAUAUAAGUGAGGAGGAGGUGUUAACAAAGUCCAAUAGUGGAAGCAUUGUCCCUAUCCUACUCCUUGCUGCGCUGUCAAAAGGCAUGGAUUUUGUCGAUAGUUUUUGUGCUCAUCUUGUGCACUGUUCAGGGUAGUCUUCCCUGUCUUCAUCCAUUUUUAUUGUGUCUUUUUAAACACAGAUAAAUUGCUUAGCUGGCCAAAAGCCAUUAUUCCAUGGCUGAACUUCAUCAGGCGGGAUGUCACACGCUGUCACUCCCUGUCCUGUGUCACCACUGUGGCUGCAAUGUCAGCUGGCAGUCUUACAGAGACGGAGCUGUAGUAUUGUCCACAAGGGUCCCAGGAUGAGGGAAGAGACGAGAAAGUUGACUCCAUGUUUCAGAAGCUAGGUUUAUUAUUUUAUGAUAGAAAAUAUAUUAAAACUAUACUAAAAGAACAGAAGAAAGGAUUUCAUCAGAAGGCUAAGCUAAGAAUAGAAAAGGAAUGAAUAACAAAGGUUUAUCUCGGACCGAGACAGUCUGGACAGGUGAACUGUGAUUGGGCGUUAAUUCCAAACAACCAGAUGAGACCAAUCACAGAUUCCCCCUGUUGCAUUCCACAGCAGCAGAUAAGAAUUGUUUACAGUUUGUUCCUGAGGCCUCUCAGCUUCUCAGGAGGGAAAAAGGAAAGGAUUUUUCAUAGAACAUGUUGGUGACAACGGAGCUUACUGAUUUGUCAUGCUUUUGGGAGCAGAUAAAGACAUUGCACUAUUCUUAGGAGCUGGUACCUAAUUCUGCUCCUGUCCCAGGCUGGAUUGGAGCUUCUCUCUUCCUAUUCCAAGUUGCUCAUCACUGCUAGCCCAAGUCUGCUGAUCUGGCCAUUUCCAGGCUUAAAGUUCCAGGUGCUUGACCCCCUCUGGCUGGGCAGCAGCAGGUUGCUCAGGAAUGUGGUGCACUCCUGGCAUUGCCCUGCAGCUCCUCAUCUUUGUGAGAGGUUGAAGGCUCCAGGUGCCCUCUGCCUCUGUGCUUGUUUUGCUUGGGACAGAGUUAAUUUUCUUGAUAGACGUUAGUAUGAGGCUGUUGUGGUUUGAAUUUAUUUUACUGAUUCCUUGCUAAGUGGUUUGUUUUGUUGUACCCCCAUGUUCUCCCCGAGUUGGUUUACCUCUGGGUUUUACCCUCCUUCAAAGCUGUCCUUCAUGCCCUUCCCUGCCCCUUAUUCCAGCUCUUUCCCUGUCUGUCAAGGCAACCCAGCCCUUGAUUCCCAAACCUUCUCUGCCACUUAAACCUUAGGCCCAUCCCUGUCUGCAACACCCCACUGGAAUUCCCCUACUCCUGGAAGCCCCAUUGGCCUAUGUGAUACAUCCUCACCCUCCUACCCCAACUGGUCCCAGACACUUGAUGUAAUCCUCUCCUUCUUCCCCUGAGGGUUCCCUAUUGGUUAGCUGUUUUUACCCUGACUUGUGUCUGGACAAAACCCCUUGUACGACAGAGCCUGAGGCUUUCUGUCCUGCUCCCUUCACCUGGAAUAAACCAUUCCUUUUGGAACCUCAAGACAGAGAGCCUCCUCCUUUCUCCUCUGCCUAGUCACUGUCAUGGCUUGUGUCUGGGACCUUAGAGCAAGUGGCUUUAAAGAUUCUGCCUCUGGUAAAUCCCCGUACCGAGGCAGUUCCCCACUCCUGGUGUGGCACUGGAGUUCUAAGAGCUAGUCCGGGUUCUGGCAGCCACUUCAUGAGGCUACCUUUCUGACUCUCCCCUUCCUUCCUCGGGGACUGUGCAAGCAGCUGAGUGGUGCUUAGUUGCUGCCUGGGGUUAAACCAUGACAGCAUCUGAGCACCUUUGCAGGGCUCUGUGCCUGCCCCACAGGGCAAAGAUUGCUAAAUGCAAGCCUACCUCUGGAUGUACCUUCUUAGUGGCCCAUUUUUACUGACAGGACAGACAGAUGAGAGGACUGCAGGGGAUCCUCUGGUGAUUUUUUGUUCAGCUGAUGAGUGCUAGAGUUAAAGGUGUUUCUCAGUCUUCCUUCUAUCUGAAUGUUUAUCAUUGUGUCAAGAUCACUAACAGUAUUCUCUUUUAGCUUUGAUGAGCAUUUGUUUGUGCAUCUGAAAUACUCCUUCAUAGCAGAGUGCGUAGCAUUUUGGAUUGUGCCUUUUAUGUCAUAUGUUAGUACUAAGGGUACUUAGUACUAAAGGUACUAACUUUUAUGUCAUAUGUUUAUAAGGGUACCAACUGUCAAGCUGAAAAAUCAAUAAUGAAGAUUUAAAAAUUAGGACUCAGUGUUCAGAACAAGUAUUUUGCUGGUUCUAGAGCCAUGGCCUGUCCAGAGUCUGGAAAACACUUUAGUGUGUCUGUCUGCUUGUGUUACUGAGGAUGUGAGGGGUGACGUUUGCUCUACUAUUGUAGGCACAAUAUGAAUUAUUUAUUUGUACCUUUCACUUUUUCUAAUUAAAAAAAAAUCUGAUCCAACCAAAA